AUGUCGUUUCCUGACGUUUUGAAGCGGGGUGAUGAUUUCCUUUCCGAAUACCCUAGAACCUCGGCUUUCUGGAACUAUGCGUCCCAUGCCACAUGUUUGGGGAUGAUUCUCCCGACCAAAUUUCUCAUUAAUUUAUUGUACAAGCCCCAACUUCACGACAUUGAAAAACUAGAUGCGGCCCUCGCAAAGGCAAGACAGGAGAAGAGAUCAUUGUUGACAGUUAUGAAUCAUAUGUCUGUUGUUGAUGAUCCGUCUUUCUAUGCUCUUCUCCCGAUGCGUUUUCACACAGACAUCGAUACCAUUAGAUGGGGUUUUGGAGCUCACAACAUCUGCUUUUCGUCACCAAAAUUAUCGUGGUUUUUCAACUUGGGAAAGAUUCUAGGCACAAAAAGAUUCGGAGAGGGUCCCUUCCAACCUUCUCUUGACGCAGCAAUAAGAAUCCUCAGUCCCGAUGAUACUUUCCUUUUGGAAUACAGCCCGUGGACACCUGAAUGCGAAAAACCGACGAUUGUUCAAGAGCUCACCAAAUUAGGCUCAGUCCCCGAAGAUGUAUCUGGCGUUGCAAAGAGUGUCAAACCCGGACCAGAGUCAACAUAUCUUCUCAUGUCCAAAUCCCCCUUUAUAAGAACGAAGACAUCGUGGUUUCAUGUUUUCCCAGAAGGAUUUGUCUUACAAUUGAAGGAGCCAAAUAACAACUCUAUGAGAUAUUUCAAGUGGGGUGUUUCUCGUCUCAUCUUGGAAAGCACUAGAGCCCCUGUCGUCGUUCCUAUUUUUGCUCAUGGAUUUGAAAAAAUUGCACCAGAGCACGCCGAGGAUGUAGGGCUUAAGAGAUGGUUACCUCAAAAUUUGGGCGCUGAAAUCGAUAUCAUAUUUGGAGAUCCAAUUUCAGAUGAAAAGAUAGAGAAAUACAGACAAGAGUGGAGAGAUUUAUGCAAAAAGUAUACCGAUGAGCAGAAUCCCACAGAUUUGUCUGAAGAAUUGAAAAACGGACCUGCCGCUCAAAAGCUCCGCUCGGCCCUCGCUGGGGAAUUACGUGAACGGGUUCUCGAUCUAAGACAAAAAUUGGGUAAGUUCGCACCCGAAGACCCCAAAUUCAAAGACCCUGCGUUUUGGAAAGAGUAUACUCUUUCAGAAGGCAAAAGUGACCCCAGCGUGCAGUUUAUUGGAAAAAACUGGGCCAUUCGUAGAUAUCAAAAGCAUUUGCCCGAAUACGAAGAAGGCGAAUAA